AUGGAGUCCUGGGCGAGGUGCGUCUUUCUUCUCUUGCUGCAGUUACUGCCAGGUAAGCAGAGUUCAUGCCUCCACUCAGGGAGGCAGAAUGCUGGGAAGAUCGUGGGUGGCCAAGAUGCUCUGGAAGGACAGUGGCCUUGGCAGGUCAGCCUGGGGAUAGCCGAAGAGGGCCACAUAUGUGGGGGCGCUCUCAUCCAUGAGAGGUGGGUGCUCACGGCUGCCCACUGCUUCCGCAGGUCUCUGAACCCUAGCCUCUACUACGUGAAGGUUGGGGGACUGACAGCCUCCCUUUCGGAACCCCAGUCAACCAUAGUGGCUGUGAGAAACAUCUCUGUCUACCCCACCUACCUCUGGGAAGACGGGACCAGUGGGGACAUUGCCCUCGUGCAGCUGGGCAUUCUUCUGCGGCCCUCUCAGUUCACUCCCAUCUGCCUCCCAGAAGCCCACACUCCCCUCACUCCUGGAACUGUCUGCUGGGUAACAGGCUGGGGGUCUACCCAGGAAAGAGAGUUCGCCAGUGUCCUCCAGGAGCUGGCCGUGCCCCUCUUGGACUCAGAGGAGUGUGAGAAGAUGUACCACAUCCGGGAGACUAGCCAGUCAGGGAAACGGUUCAUCCAGGCAGACAUGCUCUGCGCAGGCUUUGUGGAGGGCAGGAAAGACGCCUGCCAGGGCGACUCUGGCGGACCAUUGGUUUGUGCCAUCAACGGUUCCUGGAUCCAGGUCGGCAUCACCAGCUGGGGGAUUGGCUGUGCUCGUCCAUACAGGCCUGGUGUCUACACUUGGGUGCCGGCCUACGUAGACUGGAUUCGGAGAACCCUGGCCGAGAACGCCUUUGGUGCCUGCGGAGGCCACUCCCGAGCCUCUGGGGCUUCUCAGAUAUCGCCACUAGUGUUUCUGGCCUUUGCUUUGCAAUGGGCCCUGUGA